AUGGUUUAUCAAUCCUUUUGCAAUGUUUGUUUUCAUAAAAAAAAACCCCAAAUCUCCUCUGGAAACCUUAGAAACGACGACGGCACAAACGAAACCGGAGCUGUCUUCCGCCUCGAAACCGGCGAGCCUCUUCCUAUACGCGAUCAAGACAUCGCCGAUACCCACCGGAUCGAGAUCGGAGAGCUGAAUCGAUUGAAGAGGGGAUUCGAUCACCACGUCAUGGAAUCCGAAUCCGGCUAUAGUCCGACUUCUACACGUCUCCGGUUGCUUCGAUUGGGUCUUGAGACAUCGUCUCCGUGA